AUGGCCCCCGGAGGCCGUUGCCUCCGCGUGGCAAUGCUCAACGCCGACACAUCAGUCCCAAAUGUGUAUGCUAAUCUGGGCACAUUUGGAGACAUACUACACCGGAAAUUGCUUGCUGCAGCGGAUCCAACAUACGAUGGGUUAUCUAUCGUACACUCGGUCUAUAAUGUUGUGAUCGGCGAGUAUCCUGAUUCGUUAGAUGAUCUGGACGCUAUUUUUAUUACCGCAUCGGCGGCAUCUUCGUACGACAGUGAAGCUUGGAUCCAGAGGCUGGAGGAAUACGUUGUGAUGAUUUACACGAUGCAUCCUGAGAUCAAAUUGUUCGGCAGCUGCUUUGGUCAUCACAUGAUUUGCCAGGCUUUGCUGAAGGAUCAUGGGGUGCGCGUCGCGAAACGCCCGACCGGCUGGGAGAUUGGGGUCAUCGAAGUCGAGUUUACGGCAGAAUUCAGAAAAGCCUUUACUCGUUUCACAUCGUCAGCUGUUAGCGGAAGCCGUCUGCAACUACCCAACCGGCUACCGACCCCUGAGAGUGAGAGUGAGGAUGACGGCAACAAGGCGCCCUGCUUUCUUGAGGGCGAGGGUUGCGUGGUACCCAAAAAGGCGUACUUGGAGUUCGUGCAUGCCGAUGAGGUUGUUCUACCUUCGCCAGACUUCUCGCUACCAGAGCCGUGGACGCUGUUGGGUUCCACGGAGCAUUGCAAAGUUCCGGGGAUCUAUCAACCAGGGCGGGUGCUCACGCUGCAGGGGCAUUUCGAGUUUGACACGUUCAAGAGCCAAGAGACUAUGAGGAUCUUCGGCGCCGAUGAGGCUUCCAACCCGCAGCCAGAUAAUGGCCCUGAGGCCGGGGAAGCUUCGGGACCAGAGUACGAAAACGCUGAGGCCGUGGUGGACAUCCUUGUCCGAUUCCUGGCGGAAGGAAUGGCUGUCACAUAG